AUGGGUGCUCAGCGGCUCCCAACAUGUGAGAGCGACCGAAGCACCACCAGCAGCAACAGCGGCAGCACCGUGGACACUGAAAGUGAGGCCACAGGAACUUCUUUACAUCACCAAACAGGUCGCAAGUUUCACGAAGGACAGCUUUGGGACACUAGUGUGACUGGCCGUUGGAUCGAGGAGGCGACGGAGUCCAGCCUUCCACCCAAAGCGGCACAGGCUUUGUCCACUUUGGGACAUUUGGUGGAGCCAUGCCGAAGCUUGGAAAAAUGGAAGGAGCCUGAUGCGGAGUGA